AUAAAAGCCAAAACUUCGUUAUUAUUACGAGGCCGUCAUCGCUGUAGAAGAUAUGCCGUCUGGGAAAUAUUACUGUGAUUACUGCGAAAAGGAGUUUCAAGACACUCAAGUCGCUCGAAAACGCCAUCUUCAGAGCAAACCUCAUCUUCGAGCUAAAGCCCUUUGGUACAGCUCUUCCUCAGAUCUUAAUCCACAAGUCUCCAAUUUUGCGACGAAGGGUCUCUGCAAUCGCUUCAUUACCUCGGGACGUCUUCAAUCGAACUGUUUUUUUUUUUUUUUUGGUUGCUCUAAUUUUUGCCCAUUCGGAAACUCUUAUAGAUACUUACACCCUCAGAACAAUACAGGAAGCACAGGAUUCACCAAUAAUACACAGCCUCAUCCUGACAUGAUUAACCAACACAUUCAAGAGAGUACUUUAAACCGUGAUUUUGUUAGCGGGAGAGUAAGAACAGGUUGGUUUGAUCUUCCGCCAUCUCUGAAACCGCCUCCUGAGCAAGGCUAUCCUCAGCUUCCCUCUAUAGACUGGGGAUAGUGGCAGGGAUUCAACAUUGAUGAUUCUACAUAAAAGAAAAACUAAUUUUCUGCCCGUUUAAGGCUCGGCCAUUGGCCAUAGCUUUCUCUUUUCGAACUCGGGGGUUGAAAGGAUAUCAACCAACGGUAGUGUUGUUACUUAUGCUUUUUAGGCACGGUUUGGACAUUGUAAUUAAACACAUUCAUUGCUUGAGUGUCUCUGCCUUAUAAACAGAGAACCACACUUUCUA